CACACGCCCGAGGUUGGAUACUCGGCAGCUUCAUCCAGCGCUCAGACUUCUGGCUGCUCCUGCUACCCGCAAUUUGUUCUUCUACAACAUGUUGCAUUGAGAUGCGGAGUUUCUAGUUUACUCAGCAUCUCUCUAUCGGCUUCCUUUUACAUAUGGUCCGAACAUGUCCGACCCACCACCUACACGUUCAAUGGCAGCUCCUCCUUUCGGAGCCUUGUAUGUUGACGAAUCAGUUCGCGAUUUCGGAGAUGAUGGAAGAGAAAAAUAUUUACAAAAGGUACAAAGACAGGAGCUGUUGUUCCCGAACAGGGGAGGGAAUGUACAUAUUCAGAACGGACUCAUUCUCCUCAGGAUCCAAACUCGCCACUUUCCUUACAAAGACGCCAAAAAGACGAGACCACUGCUCAUAUGUCCGUUGCGGAGUCUACUUCCAAGGAAAUCCACGCCGAUAUAUGUGGAGAUGCUACGGUGUCUCAGUUACCGCUCGAAAUUCUCAUCGCGAAUGGUAAUUCUCUCGAAACUCGAGGGAUUCUCAAAAAAGGUCUCUCCUGGAAUUAUUGGAUCUCUCCUGUCCGGGGGCAUCUUGUUGGAAAGUCCGCCGGGUCAAGAUAGUGCAUAUUUCUAUCUCGCCUUGGUCGAAGAAGAACGGUACACGACGUAUACCAAGUCCCCAACCAAACGAUUCGGCGACGCACGGUCGGCUAAAAUGUACAACUGAUCCUUUCCCAGGAUAUGCAUUCAUGACAACGAUAACUUCAUGAUCGGUAGCAUCGAAAAAGGUUCGAACCACGUACGGCAGUCUUCGACGCGGCAGUCUUCGACAAUUCGAACUCCAG